AUGGCUAAUCCCAUCCGUUGGACUAGCUUCCUUUUGACGGUAGCAAUUAUGGCCCUUGAGUCGGUUCCAAAACCAAGAUUCUGCACUAUCACUAUUGUGGUGCUACGGAUGGAAAGAGCGGUCUUUGGAGCCGAAGCCUUUUUAUCUGGGUAUUGCCAUCCCUACAGACAGGGUAUCGGGAAGCUCUGGAGGUCGAGGAUGUUCCGGAGGUUGACACGAAUCUUCAAGGACAAUGCUCGGGCGGCAAGCUUCGAAAGUCGUGGAAUUCUGCAAGCACACACGGUCAUCAUCGCUUAA